UAAUCAGAUUGAAAUGGGCAGAGGCGCUUAAGCAUGUCCUGCUGAAUCUAGUCUCCAACUUCAACCUUUGAAAUCACAGAGAGGUAGGGAAUACAGCAGGAAACUUUAACCUAUGUUCUAUAGAAAAAAGUCCCAAGUGCUUGCGAUCUUGGAGUGAGGUCUGGGGUCCAAAUGAUGGUUCUCCUGCCCCUGCUCAGUCUCUUGCUCCUAGAGUGGGCACUCAUUGGAUCUUGCUCAGAGACAGGGGAAAAUGAAGAGCAGCCAUUUACUUAUUCAGCCACUCAUUGUCAUGGUCCUUGGAUCACUGGACUGCCUGGGAGAGAUGGACGAGAUGGGAAAGCAGGGUCUAAAGGAGAAAAGGGAGACCCAGGUGAAGGACUCAGAGGACUCCAAGGAAAUCCAGGGAAGGUGGGGCCUCCAGGAAACCCAGGAAUACAAGGACCUCCAGGAAUCAAGGGUAUGAAAGGAGAACCAGGUGAAAUGUGUUCUUCUCCAACUAAGGAAAUACAUAAUGUGACCUCAGAUUUAGAAACUCGACUCCUGAAGGUGAUAAAAGCCCUCACUUUAUAUGGAAGCAUGGCUGAACUGGGAGGAAAGUUUUAUGUCACCACUGGCCAGUCUUCUGAUUUCUUCACGAUUAAUAAAACUUGCCAUGAGAUGGGAGGCAUCGUUGCCACUCCAAGGAAUAAAGAGGAGAAUGCAGCCAUCAUGAAGCUGGUGGUGAGACACAACACAUAUGCCUUCCUUGGCCUAAGAGAGGGAAUACAACCAGGGAAAUUCUAUUAUGUGGAUGGAUCCCCUGUAAACUACACCAACUGGUAUUAUGGGACGCCAGAUGGGCAAGGACAAGAAAAUUGCGUGGAAAUGUACACAGAUGGUACAUGGAAUGAUAAAUACUGUUAUAAGCACCGCCUGGGUAUCUGUGAGUUCUGAGUCCUCACCAGGGCUGGCCUGUCUGGGCAAAGGGUGAAUGACCCACUGGUGAGCUCAGUGAAUCAUUUUGUUCAAGACUUGGUGGCCCAAAGGGGUUAAAAUCCUCUGCCUCUCAGAUAGGAGUCUUUGAAGAAGAUGUUUUAUUAAUGAAUUCUAUUUGUAGCCCAUUAAAUAAGACACAAAUUAAUUGUUUGCCCUGCCAGGAAUGCCUAUCUUUUUCUACAUUUUUUCUCUCUCUAAUCAAAUCCCACUCAGUCUUCAAGUCCUUGUUGAUGUGCUACCUUUCAUUUCUCCUAUGUGGCCAUACCUGACUGUCAUUCUAUAGUGAACUCCACUUUGAAGCCUGUAUUAGUUUGUUGUUGUUGUUGUUUUUAAUCCUUACCUUCCAUUUUAGAAUUAAUACCGUGUAUUGGUUCCAAGGCAGAAGAGCGAUAAGGGCUAGGCAGUGGAGGUUAAGUGAUUUCCCCAGGGUCACACAGCUGGGAAGUGUCUGAGGCCAAAUUUGAACCUAGGACCUCCCAUCUCUAGGCCUGGCUCUUAAUCUACUGACCCACCUAGCUGCCCCCAAGCCUAUAUUAGUUUAAAACACCCAAAUGAACACCACUUAUUGUCUGCUUAAGUUACUUAAUUUUUCAAGUGGGCAUAUCCAUCUUCCCAACUUGAGUUUAAAUUCCUGAAGAGCUAGGAAUGUAUUUUGCCUUCCUUAUUCUCCAUAAUACCUAAGAGAGGGCUUAGCAAACAGACGAUAGUCAUAUGAAAAAAAUGUUCCAAAUCAUUGUUGACUAGAAAAAAAAAACAAAUCAAUAAACUCUGAGAUAUCAUCCAACACCUAUUAGAUUGACUAAAAUGAUAAGAGAGCAAAAUGACAAAUGUUGGAAGGUAUGUGGGAAAAAGGGGAUACUAAUACACUGUUGGUGAAACUAUGAACUAAACCAACCAUUUUGGAGAACAAUCUGGAAUAAUACCCAAAGACAUAAAACUGUAUCUUUACUUUUAUUGCCAACAAUACACUAAUAGUUUUAUUUCCUAUUGUGAUCAGGGAAAAAGGAAAAGAACCUAUCUGUUCUAAAAAUAUUUAGAGCACCUAUGUAAUGGCAAAGACAUGGAAAUGAUUGGGGUACCCACAAACUGGGGAAUAGCUAAACAAGUUGUAGCAUCUGAUUUUGAUGGAUGUGAUGGAAUGCUAUUAUUACACCCUAAGAAAUGACAAACAGAAUUAUUUUUUAAAACAUGGAAAAACCUACAUGAAAUUAUGAAGAGGUAUGACCAAAAGAACACUAUACACAGCAACAGAAAUAUUAUUUGAAUACUGACUUGUGUACAUCCACUUUCAGAGAAAGAACAGAUAAAUAGAAAUAAGCAAGACAUAGUUUUAUAUACGCAUCUAUGGUUUUGUCAAAUGAUGCCUUUUCUAGUGCAGAGAGAGGGGAGGGACAGAGGGAAUUACCUGGGAACUUUAAUGUAAGAGAUGAAUAAAUAAAUAUUUAUUUUUAAAAGACAAA